UGCCGCAGUGUGUGUACAGAGUACGGGACAUGUCAGGCUGGCAACAACAUGGCGAAGGAACUGCUAGAAGAGAUCACGGAACGCUUCCUGGUGUGCAGCGUGUGUCUUGAGGAAUACGACGAGCCGAAGACGCUCCCCUGCUCUCACUGCUUCUGCCGGAAGUGUCUUGAGAACGUCUUAGAUUCUGCCAAGGAGGGACGGAAGCGUACGAGACUGUGCUGUCCUUCGUGCCGCCAGGAGGCAAGGCUGUAUGGGAGGGGCGUGCAGGAAUUGGAGGACAGUCAGUUUUUGAGAAAACUUCAGAAAGUGGUGUCGAGUCGGACUGCUAUGCUUGGAGACGCUGCGAGGGCGUGUUGUGGGCUGUGUCAGUGUAAGGAGGCGGCGGCUACCGCGUUCUGUAAGGGCUGCGAGCACUAUCUCUGCGAGGAUUGCUCCCACACGCACAGGGUCAUAUCCGACGCCGCCAGCGAACAUGAGCUGCUGCAGGUGUCGGGGCAGGAGUGCCCGCCGGCCGAAGGAACCUCCACGCCGACCCGGUCAACCGAAGAACAACGGCAAAUCCACUUGUUCCUGUGUGCACCGUGCGAGUUACUGGUAUGCCUGCACUGCGUGGUGACGUCCCACAGGGGGCACGCCUAUGUCGAGCUUCGCGAGGCGAUUCAGCGGGAGAGAGAAAAAGCUGGCGUCUGGGGUCCACACCACCAGUAG